AUGGGAAAACUAUUAAAUUACUUGUGUAUAUUCAGCGUUUUGUUCGCUGUUUCUUACUCGUUGCGGGAUAACAACACGAGUGUAAAAAGAUCAGCAGCUAAGUGGUCUUUGACGGGUUGGGGUCAAGCCGCAGUAGCCAGGCAAACCUCGGUUGCUGCAACUGGUCUGUUUGGUGUUUUGAAGCCAUAUUUACUGGAUUAUGGCACUUUAAAGUUCGUUGUUUGAAACAGAACGCCGGAUAAACUAGAAAACGCUAAAUGGAAAGGUGAAAAGCUUGUGGUAGAAACCCCUGCACCAUUUUUUGUCGAAAGUCACAAACAACCUGUUGUAAUUUCCGCCCACUAUACAAAGUAUAUCGCAUGGAAUAGCGUUAGAUCUCUGUGGGUCUCGUAUGGCAUAUCUGGGGUACCUGCUGAUCGUAUAUGCAUUCGUGGUAAAAUAGAAAGUAGCGCUUUGGGUACCACAUUCAAAUAUGCUGUUUACAUGUUAACUUUGAAUGAUGAUUGCGACUCUGAAGCAGAGCUUGUUUUUGUGGAUAAAAACGUCGAGAAUGGAUAUCACACCAUCGAUUUCGACCGCAUUACGGCGAAGUGUGCAUUCGAAGCAGACGGACUGGACUUUAUAUUGAAUGUAUAUCUUAUCCAGGUAUAA